UAGAAGUGUUUUUAAAAAAUACUUUUGGAUCAAACGACGCGUUUCUUUUUCUUUUGCCUUUUUAUGACUGUUUGCUACAGAGUUGUUAGUGAAUUGAGUUCUGCUUGGUCUAAAUGCAGAACCGUGUUUUAUUUAGAGGAAAAAGACGUUUCCGGUGUUGCUAUCCGCGCAGAUUUGGAGAUUGACACGCCGUGAGCGUGUAUGCGACACUCCUCUCAGCAUGGAAAACUCACCGUAGCCUGGCGUUCAAUCUACAUCCAAACACACUGCACUAUUAGGCUGAAAUUUAGACUUCGGAUUAUGGAUUCCUCCACCAACAGUUUAGAUGAUGUGUCAGCAGACGGCAGCACCGAUUACCCUGACCGGAAUUCCACGAUGGAGGUGCGCCUGCAGGCGCAGGAGGAUGAGAUCACGCUGCUGAAAUCAUCGCUGGCUGAUGCCCUGCGGAGAAUCCGCAUCCAUGACCAGCUUCUCCCUUUACUGAAGCAGCAGCUGAUAGCAGUGAACCCCAGUGCUGCACGGGUACUCAACCAGGUGUGUUACGCAGAUGGUUUCAGCAGCGUCAGAAAACUCUCAGCGAGUUCACCCAACGAUGGAAUUCACCACGCUGCCUCUGCUGCUAGGCAACAGUCUGAGAGCAAUGUGAGCAAUGCUAAUGGCCACAUAGGAGGCGUAAAUUCCUCGGAGCACCAAAGCCACCAAAGACUGCCAUCUCUGGAUAAGUCAACUCAGACUGAGCCCACCAUGUUCUCACUCUCAGAAGGCGUCCAGAGCCUUCAGCUCGAGGAUGCCUUUCCUCCAGGGCAGCUUGCGCUUGACGGGACACGAGGCAAGCUCCACCAUAUCCCUAGUAUGGAGGAAGAGGAGGAGGACCGGGUUGAUGAAGAAGCCAGACGGGACCAAAAAAAAGAAAUGAAUUCGGCUCCGUCAGUGGAGGAGCACUUUCAGCCAUCCACGGUGAGAUGCCUUCAGAAGGAAGAAUUCCAGGAUGGAAGCUGUUCUCCGGAUGAGCCACGCUCUGCCUCAGCCUCACCUGGCUCAGACCAAAACCUCAGCUCUCGCUCUGGACCCCUAUCCCCCAUCCAGGAAGGAGACAGGACGCUGGUUCGUAGAAACAGUGAGAAACUGGGGAACCCUGAGAAGCAGAGGAAGCGCCUGGAUAAGAAGGCAGCGUCUUCAGCCAACCUCCUAACCCGCUCCCCCAGCCUGGAGAACCGAGCUAAGGAGCUGAUAGCAGGUGCAGGGUUGCCUGGAGCAAGAAGAGGAACUUACAGCCAAGAACAGUCAAUUAAAAUGUUCAUCCGCGGCCGACCCAUAACCAUGUACGUCCCAUCCAACAUCCAGAACUAUGACAACCUGAAGAUGGAGCUGCCCUCUGAGAGACUGGAGCUAGACUGGGUCUAUGGUUACCGUGGACGGGACUGCCGGGCUAAUUUAUUCUUCCUUCCAUCGGGCGAAGCGGUGUACUUCAUUGCUUGUGUAAUUGUGCUCUAUCACAUCAACAACCGCACACAGCGCCACUAUCGCAAACACACGGACUCUGUCCGAUGUCUUGCUCUUCAUCCUGAUAAAGUUCGAGUGGCAUCUGGCCAGACAGCCGGCGUGGAUAAAGAUGGAAAGUCAAUGCAGGCAUGUGUUCAUAUAUGGGACUCUACCACCUUGGUCACCCUGCAGCAAAUAGGUCUAGGAACCUUCCAGAGGGGAGUGGGAGUGGGAUCACUGGCAUUCUCUAUUGCUGACUCUGGAGCAUUCCUUUGUGUGAUUGAUGACUCUAAUGAACACAUACUGUCGGUGUGGGACUGCACCAAGGGGACCAAGCAUGCAGAGAUCAAGACUACCAAUGAGGCUGUGUUUGUUGUGGACUUCAACCCCAGUGACAGCACCAACAUCAUCACCUGUGGUAAAUCCCAUGUCUACUUCUGGACAUUCAACGCUGGGCAGUUUACCAAGAAACAAGGCAUCUUCGGAAAAUACAAGAAGCCCAAGUUCAUCCACUGCUUUGUCUUCAGCAUAACUGGAGAUGUUCUGACUGGAGACUCUGAAGGCAACAUACUGCCGUGGACGAAGUCUGCUGCAGACACCAAAACUCUUGGUAAAGGGGCUAAAGCAGAGACCUAUCAGAUUGUACGACCAAUCAAAGCACAUGAAGGCAGCGUGUUUACUCUGUGCGCUCUAAGGUGUGGUUCUCUGCUCAGUGGAGGGGGAAAGGACCGCAAGAUCAUCCGCUGGAGCGCCGACCUAGCUCCUGAGAGAGAGUGUGAGAUUCCAGAAAAGUUUGGGGCUGUCCGAACUGUUGCAGUUGUGGAUGAUGAGGAAAUUUUGGUCGGUACAACCCGAAAUGCAAUCCUCAGAGGAUCUUUCUCUGAUGGGUUCGUUGCCAUAGUUCAGGGUCAUUUAGAUGAGAUGUGGGGUCUGGCUACCCACCCCUCUCAGGACAUCUUCCUCUCUUGUAGCCAUGACAGGCAAGUGUGUUUGUGGAACACAGAGAAACACAACCUGGACUGGUGUAUCACCCUUGAGGAGUAUGGGUUGUGUGGGGAUUUCUGCCCCAACGGAUCUGUUGUGACUAUUGGCCUCAACACAGGAAGGUGGGUGGUCCUCGACUUGGUAACCAGGGAAGUGAUUUGUGAAUCCACAGAUGGGAAUGAACAGCUAUCAGUCAUGAGAUAUUCACCGGACGGACGUUUUUUAGCUGUUGGCUCUCAUGACAACUUUAUCUACAUCUACAAUGUGACAGAGAGUGGCCGUCGCUACAGUCGCUUUGGAAGGUGUAAUGGGCACUCCAGCUUCAUUACUCACCUUGACUGGUCCAAAGAUGGCUGUUACAUUAUGUCCAAUUCAGGCGACUAUGAGAUCCUCUACUGGGACAUUGCAGGAGGGUGUAAGCUGUUGAGGAACCGCUUUGAGAGCAAAGACAGAGAAUGGGCCUCUUUUACUUGUGUGCUGGGUUUCCAUGUCAUAGGUGUGUGGAUGGAGGGCUCAGAUGGCACAGACAUCAACGCACUGUGCCGCUCCCAUAGUGAGAGGGUUGUGGCUGUGGCUGAUGACUUCUGUAAGGUCCACCUCUUCCAGUACCCCUGCCCUAAACCUAAGGCACCAAGUCACAAGUACGAGGGCCAUGGGAGCCACGUAACCAACGUCUGCUUCACCCACAAUGACUCCCACCUUCUCUCCAUUGGCGGGAAGGAUACCUGCAUCCUGCAGUGGAAGGUGACCAGAGGUGGGGUGGGAGAAAGCAAGGAGAUGCCAGCCUCUGCCUCAUCCACCUCCACAAGCUCUCCAGAGCCUCCUGCCAGCUAGACCGGGCUGCUGGUAUUACCAGUGAAGUGAGGGAGGGAAGCUGUUCGCUCACAGCCACUGAGGCGUAAACCAGUGAUCAGCUUAAUUUAGCCUCUUCUGUGCCACAGCAAUCAGUCUAAUGAACACAGAGGAAUUCUUUUCAGGGGAAAAUGUCCAUAUUAACGCACCACCAUAACUGCAUACAUCCAUCUGAAACUGACACGUGUUGCAGAAUAUUUGGCAUUCUAUUGUGUAUGUUGUUAGAAAAAUUAGCAUGUGUGAAGCGUGGUGCAUAAUGUAACUGUUAUUACCUUAUAGUUUCUGUGAACAUGCCUGUUUUAGUCGUUUGGAGUUUACAUGCUGCGUGACAUACAGUAUGUCAUUGUGCCUAUAGAAAUGUCCUCCUAUAUUUUUGUACUUCAAACAGUGCUGACCAGUGUUGGCUGUUCCUGUACAUAUAUGAAACAAGAUGGAGAGAAACUUGUCAACAUGAACCCUGCUUAUCAUACUUAUUCAUUCAUUUCUGUGAUCUUAGAUCAGUACACUUGAAAAUUAUUAUUUUUACAAAUUGUUUUGUAUUGAUUCUUGAUUGAUACAGAUUGAAAACUGAAAGUUGUGUUGUUUUUGAGUUGCCAUUAGGGGGCAGUGCUGCCCCGUUAAAGGUGAGCUAUACUCUUAAAUCAAAACCUUGGGUGUCUUUGCUUCUAUAGAGGAUCUCAGUAAGAACCGAAAGUUUGUUAAUUAUAUUUGUAUUAACAGCGGUAUAAAUAUAGUGGGGAAAUAUAAGCAAUACGUUUAUUACCAGGCUUUGAUUUGUAAAAUUCAAGUCCUGAUCUUGCUGAAAUCUUUGGAACAACAUUUGGAGGUGAUCUACAUAUAAAUUGAAUUUAAUGUAUAUAUAAACGAACAGCAUUUUUCAUAAGAUUAUUAAUGUAGUGCAAAACUGAUAAUACUUGUUAACAAGGUGUGAUUUUCAGAUUUGUCAUCAGAUCUGACUAAUUUAGAGCAUAGGUUUAGGAGUUUGUCUAGUCUUCACAAGUACUGAAACUGGUAUGUUAAAACGAACAAUUAUACUUUUUAAUAAAAACAUAAAUAUAGUUUAAAUUAUAAAA